ACACGGGACGUCAACAGCAAUGGCGGACAAAGAGAAACGCCGGUCAGGAGUCGCUGCUCCCGAGAUGCCCGAGGGCAAGGCCACCAAAUCGGACAGCGACCGGGAGUUUCUGUCGCAGGCGGGAGUAGGAGAGCUGCUCCGCGGGGCCAUCCUCAAGAUGGUCGAGGCCAGGUCGGACGAUCCUAUCGGGUUUCUUGCCGACCACUUCUGCCACCUGGCCUCCAUGUCGGACAGAGGCGCCGGCACAGCUGGAUGCGGCGACGGGGAUCAGCUGAGCAACGGCCCGCUGAGCGCAGGCGCCCGAGAGCAGCAGCAUCUCAACCGGGCGCUAUGGCACCUGCGCCUGGCGCAUCACUCCCAGAGAUCUGCCUUCAGCAACAAUGUCCGUGUGGCCUACGACCUCCUGAACCUCACAGGGCCCGGCAAACAUUCAGGUGAGACUCCUGAGGGCCAGGAAGGCUCCUGCACCGAGAGCCCCACAGGAGGAGGAGGAGGAGGAGGUGGUGAAGGUGAGGGAGGAGGAGUGAGAGGUAGCCUCUACACACAGACUCUGCAGUGUCUGUGCAGUGAGGGUGGAGUCCCUGCCUCCACCUCCGCUCCACUCCUCCGGCGGCUCCACUGCCACGACCAUGAGGCCGUCCCUUACGAUGUCUUCCGCCAUGGCGUGCUCACGUGUGCCGUUUUCUCAGACUACAUCCGGCAGGCUCAGAGGCUUUACGCUGAGGUCUGCUGCCCAGACGAAGGGCCUGCCUCGCGGGCAUUGUGUCUGGCCGUGCUGGGGACCCUGAAGGAAGCACUGGAGACUUCCCAGGGCUGUGAUGCCACCUGCUGCGUUAAUGCGAACACUAAAGCAAAUGUCUGUCUGGAGGCGAAUGUGAAGGCUAUCCGCUACCUGAAGGCCAGCGCCAAGAUCUCUCCCCACAAGUUAGCUGCGGCCAUGUCUGGGGCACAGACGCGGGGUCCAGGUGGCAACAUGGACGCCAAAGAGUUUGAGAACGCAGCAGCGGAUUUGUUCAUCACUCGAGUUAAAGUAGUGUCCUAGGUGUCUCCUCUGCUUUCUAAUAAAUUAUAAAAUUUACAGCAAUUUUACAGAGUAGAUGAUGAUCCUCCGUCUGCUGCAGAUGAUUACACACUGAUGUUACUAACACUAAACCCAAUCCAUUCAUCCAUUCAUCCAUCCUCUACUGCUUUAUCCUCCACUUGAGGGU